GUGAGGUGACAACACACACGCCAUCGCAGAUUUUUUACUAGAUUGGCGUCUAAAUUUUCACUGUUUUUUUUUUUUUUUUUUUUUUUGUGGACAAAGUGCAUCGUGUUAACAACAAAUAAAAAAACAAAGUCAUGGUUGUGGACGAGAAGGCGCAGAUAAGGGAACUGCGCGACAAAUUCCUCAGUAAACUCAAGGACGGGGAACCAUCGGGUUCAAGCGAUUUUCAUCCAGCAGACAUUGAAAGAGUGUCAUCUAAUGACGACUGGCUAAGAAGAUUCUUGGAACACAACGAAUAUAAUAUUCAAGAUGCCUUAAAAAUGUUAUGGGAGAGUUGUGAAUGGAGAAGAAAUUUUGGUACAAACGACAUUACUGAAAACAACGUUAGAAUGGACUAUUUAGAACAUGGGGUCUGCUACAGUUAUGGAAAGGAUAAAGAUGGAAAAAAACUGUUUGUCAUAAAAUCCAAAUUACACACAAAGGGAUCAAAAAAUUUUGCAGAGCUACAAAGGUGUAUUGUUUACUGGUUUGAAAGAUUAGAAAGAGAAGGGAAUGGAAACCAAAUAUCGUUAUUCUUUGAUAUGAUCGACGUGGGCCUAUCAAACAUGGACAUGGAACUGACAAAAUAUUUGAUUGGAUUGUUCAAGAAUUACUACCCUAACUUUUUAAAUUACAUUAUUAUACUAGAGAUGCCAUGGAUACUAAAUGCCACAUUCAACAUAAUCAAAUCUUGGUUACCAGCUAAAGCUCUUCCAAAAAUAAAGUUUGUCAAAAGAGCAACUUUAAAAGAGUAUGUUGAUCCAAGUGUAGCAUUAAAAUCCUGGGGAGGCAAUAAUGAAUAUGUUUUCAAAUUUGUUCCUGAGGCACAAUCUAAUGGUCUUGUUAAUGGAAAAACAGAUAACAAAAAGGUGCACUUUGCCGAAAAUUCGCCGUUAACUGAGCAAGCUGACAGCACUUUUGGUGAUAAAUUACCAGACCAAGCAUUGUUGUCUGUCGAACCAGAAGUAUUAACUUUCACAAAAUCUGGAAAUGAUGUGAUAUCCAAGACAAUAACGUUGAAAAAUAACUCAUCAGAGAGUAAUGUAACUUAUAAGAUAAAAACAACUUCACCAGAGAAAUUUAAAGUUCGGCCAAAUACGGGAAUUCUGUUACCCAGUCAGUCAGUUUCGGUGACAAUUACAUUGCAAUUGGGAUACGAUCAUCGAAGUCUUGUUCCGAAUGACAGGUUCCUCAUCAUGUGUCUUCCCAUCGAAAAUAAAGAAAUGACCAAUACUGAUCUAAUUGACUUCUGGAAGAGUAAUGGAACAGCUUCAGAACAGCAUAAAUUAAUUUGUAGGCUUGGCAAUGACAGUUUCGAUGGCCUCAAAUCUAGUUUAGUUAACAAUGGGGCUGGAGAUGAAAAUUUAAUUAGCAAGUUGUUUACCAAGAUUUCUCAGCUGCAAGAUGAGCAAGCCAAACUAGAAAGCAGUAUCACCUCGUUAAAACGUUUAUUUGUAUUUUUCGGGACUCUUGUAAUCGUGGUGUUAGCUUGGUUCGUGCACUCGCUAAACAGUAAUGUUCAAAGUUUUAUGAAGGAACAAAGUCAUACUAGUGUUGUGGAGACGAUUUUACCAAGGCACGAUGAAAUCUAGUCAUAAAGUGUAGCUGAAAUUUUCCUACUACAGUACAAUUGACUGAAAUUUUUUUCUACCAUAGGGGCUAUUUCAAGGGCUAUUUGUAAUUCAACCAUUUGAUAAACUGUUUAAUCGCUGGUUUGUUUUUUUCACGUAAGUCUAUAUUAUUCAAUACUGAAGGAAAGGCAGUGGAUUAGUUAUUUUUUCUCAAAAUAUUUGUUACUUUUUGUUAAACAUCAAGGUAAACUGUUACAACUUUGAAAACGAAAAUGUUGUACAUGAAUAAGUUGUGAAAGUUUUCCAAUUUUUUAUAAAUUGUUUGCGUCUAACACUUGUUAUUUUUACACAAAUUUUCUCUGAAAUCUAAAUUUAUCACGUAUAUUAAGAGACAGCACAUAAGCAUGUUCAAAACUAGAAAGAACAAGAGUUUAUUGUGCGCUUGAAAUAAAAACGCUUAUGUGUACUUUUUUACCAAAAAAGAAGUGUAAGGUUAAGCUAAGAAGAUUUAUGAGACUAUUUUUAUAAACUUUUAUCUAAAUCACAUAUGUUGAAUUUUGGUGAAACAGAUUAUUUAAAUUAUUUGCAUUCCAUUACUUUGAUUGUCAAUGAAAAUUAUUUUCUGACAAUAGUGGUCCAAGUCUCAAAGGUAGAAAGUAUGACAAGAAAGUUUAUCACGCUUUAGUGCAUUUACUACUUGUAUUCAUUAUUGUAGAUAGUUGCUGAUAACCUGUAGACUUUCAAUGCAAAAUCAUUACAAAAUAAAAAAAACUGUACAUACAUAUU